CCUAUCAUAUCUCCCAAUACUCUAUUCUUUCUUUUCAAGAAUCAAGCAUGCAAAUUGCAUUUUUCUCUUUUUUUAUUUUUUAUUUUUAAAUCCAUUUGUUCUUCAAUGAGUGUGAACAUUUCCGAUGAAACAUGAAGAAUCUACCUUCACCUCAACCAUUACCAGAUAUCAAAUGCAAAUGUCAAGAAAACUAACCAAUACCAGAAUCUUUAGCCUCUCCUUUUCCUUCUUAUUUUCCCUCUGCUGCCUCCUCUCCAUCUUCUACUCCAAACUUUGCCUUGUUUAUGGCACAGGAGCUAUGUCAGAGUUUAAUGAAUCAUCUAACUCCACCAAUCUCAGAGGUCAUAGUCAGAUACAUGCAACACCAACAUACUCACUUGCUGAAACCAUUAGUUUACAAGAAGUUUUCUGGAAAGUUUUAGGAAAUAGUAUCUUAGUAUGCAAGCUACAACCUCUACAUGAGAUAAAGAAGCUUCAAUCAGCACAACUUCCUGGUGAGAAACCUCAUUCACCUUCUCUCAAUUAUGAAAACAUAACAAAACAAGAAAACACCAAGGCGGUUAACUCCGCGCUUGUUAACAUAACUCACCGGCUUGAACCGGAUGGUUCUGUGUACAAUUAUGCAUCUGAGUCCAAAGGUGCAAAGGUGGUUGCUCAUAACAAGGAGGCUAAAGGUGCGAAAAAUGUACUUGGGAAGGAUCAUGAUAAGUAUCUGAGGAACCCUUGUUCUGUUGGAGGAAAAUUUGUUGUCAUUGAGCUUUCAGAGGAGACUCUGGUUGAUUCUGUGAAGAUUGCGAACUUCGAGCAUUAUUCUUCUAACUUCAAGGAAUUUGAAUUGGCUGGUAGUUUGAGCUAUCCAACUGAAGCAUGGAGCAUGCUUGGACGCUUUGUUGCUGCCAAUGUUAAACAUGCACAGGUGUUUAAGCUUGCUGAGCCAAUUUGGGUCAGGUACUUGAAUUUGAGCUUGCUCAGUCAUUAUGGUUCUGAAUUUUACUGUACACUGAGUGUUGUGGAGGUUUAUGGGAUCAAUGCAAUUGAGAGGAUGCUUAAGGAUCUAAUAGUUGCAUCUGUGGGAUCUGCUCCUGACAAAUCAGCAGCAAAUAAUGUUAGUGAUAAUACCCCUUCUUUGAAAUCAGAAGCUGGACUAAUUGAGAGAAAAGGAAAAGAAGUUGAAAUCAAGAAUGAUACUGUGGCUUCUGCUGAGAUAUCAAGCAAUGAUGAGACUCAAAAGUCAGACAUGGAAGUGGCAAAAAAUCCAGUGUCUGUUAACUUGAUUCCUGAUCCUGUGAUAGCAUUUAGACAACAGUUAAAUGGUAGGGUAUCUGGUGACAUUGUUUUGAAGAUUUUGAUGCAGAAAGUGAGGUCAGUGGAGGUAAAUUUAUCCGCGAUGGAGGAUUACAUCAAAGAAUUAAACAAGAGACAAGGGGUUAAAAUACCAGAUCUUGAGAAAGAGUUGUCCAAAUUGUCAGAAAACCUGGGACAAAGCAAGUCACAGAUCAAAGAUCUCUGGCAGUGGAACGCAAAUAUGGAAAAAGGAAUAUCUGAAGUUGAGUCAUGGAAAGACGCUGUCUCGUAUCAACUUAAUGAAUUAGCCAGAGAAAAUAGCAUGCUAAGAUUAGAUGUUCAAAAGGUAGCAAAUGAUCAAGCGAAUCUGGAAGCCAAAGAGCUCGCUGUGUUAGCGACCAGUCUUAUUUUUGUGAGCCUUGCAGCUCUCAAGAUAGUUUCUGCACAUAUGUUGACAUUUUCUGCAGCAUACAAUGCUGAUAUGGUGCCUCAGACAAGCAGGGGAUGGGUUACCUUAUUUGUAUGUUGUAGUGUAACAAUAUUCAUUAUCUUCUUCUAUAGUUAGGCCUUUUCUUCUUGUAGAAAUUUUGACCAUUGUAAUUAUAGCUACAAAGGUGUCAUGUAGUAGAGCUGUUUCUUGUUCCUCUAUUGCAAAAUAUUGUUCUAGAAAAAGAAGGACGUGAUUCCAGAUUCAGUCUUCACUUCCAUAGGUUGCAAUUUUUGUAGUCAAUUGCUGAAACUGAAGCCUUUUUCAAGGCCUUUUAGGUCAGUGCUUUUUGUUUGAUCAAAUCAAAGAUGAAUAG